CUAAAAAUUCAAAUAACACUGAAACAGAGUUUGAAGAUUAAGCAUCGAUGAAGAUGAAGAACAACAACACAAUAACGAAUCGCUUCAAUCCCCAAAACCAGAUCAACGAUAAUGAUGAUAAUUCCUCCCUCACUCUUCUUCACUCCGAUCUUUCCACUCUUCUUCAUCAGAUUGAUGAGCUUGUUGUGAAAGCGCUUGAAGUGAAGAAGAGUGUAAGCAAAGAGGGGAAAAGUGAUGUUGAAUCUUUCUCUAAUUUGUUGUCUGAAAUGUUGUCGCGUUUAAAGCCAUGGGGACCAAAAUUACAAAGUUCACUUUCAUCAACUUCAGUGGAAUCUGAAAUUAAAAGUGAAGAAGUUUCUUGUGAUGAAAGUAAUGUGAGUGAUUGUGAAAGUCCUAAAGAGACUACAUUGGUAUCUCCUUCGCCCCUUGUUUCAUGGCGUGCUAAUUGUACUGUUCAGAGAGGUAGACAAAUGUUUAUGCUUACGCCACUUCCAUUAUCGAAAUCAUUGUUAUCAUCCAAAUCACACCAACCACAAACAAAAUUAGAUUUCACUGAGUUGGCUUCCUCCAAUAAUGAUUCAGUGCUUUACGGUGUUGUAACGAAACCAACUCCAAUAAAGCCUGCCCUUUCUCUGGUGAGUGAAGAGGCAACAAAUAAUGAAGAGCCUGAAUUGAUUUCUUCGCCAGAUCUUUCUAAAAUAGACACCUCCAUGCUUUAUAUGAUGACUCCUUGCUUGAAAAUGUCACCUCCAAAAUCUUGUGUUUUGCUUGAACCCAUAUCUGAAAUAUGUCGUGUGGGUAAUGAUAAGUUUCGGAAGUCCACCCCUUUUCCUGUUGGAGUUCAUUACAGUGAUUCAGAAGAUUCUGAGUCUUCUGGCAGCGAUGGUGUGACGCAGGGUUUGGCGUUGAAGUAUCCAGAUCUCAUGGGGAAACAUUGUGUUCCAAAGUCAGGAAUUGGAAAGGAAAAUGUUGAAGCAUCACCUAUUUGGCUUACCUCACCUCCAAAAACUUGUGUUUUGUUAGGGACACCUGAUGAGAAAUCAUUGGACAAGGAGAAGGUUGAUAACAAAUCGUGUAUGCAUGUCACUAAAUCCAUUCUUAAGCAACAAGUCAAUAAAUUGAACUUGGAAGAGGAUAUUUCCAAAGGUCAUAAUCAAGCCAAAAAAACUUGUUGUAACAAAGGUGAUUUUGUUGGCGACUUAUCACAUAUAGAGAGCACGCCCAUGUGGCUGAAUCCUGAAAACACGGUACAAAGAGGGAAGCGUGCUGGUGAAAAUACUUUGAAGAAGGAAUUAUGGGCUAAGUUUGAAGAAGCAUCUGAUUGUCCAUUUGAAUCUAAGUUUCAAACGGUCAGUAAGAGUUCUCAGAAAGGGUUUCUUGACCUAUUGGAAGAAGCUUCCUGUGAUGAAUAAACUGAAAAUAUGAAUUUUCUAAAAAUCUUUUUUUGAUUUUUGAGCAGAAAAAUGUCUCAAGAUCUAAGCAAGCAAAUAAUAUCUUAUUGGAAAGUUUUGACAUGUACAUGCUUGUUUUUGUUGUAAGAUUUGUAACAAAGAGCCCCGGUGCAUCCUAUCCUAGUUCCACUUUGUGGACAACGGAACUCAUGUGAAUCACAAGUGAUUACAUGAUAAAAAUGUACUUUUUUUUUGUCUAAUGUACUUUGUCUAUUAUCAUAUAUUAGUAUUCUCUGGCAUUGUUUAAGGGAUUAAACACGAUAUGCCUCCAUUUUUGGGUGAGCAAUAAGAUACUUUGAUGAAAGGGAUAA